AUGACAUCUUUUGAAGAUAAAGUGAUCGCUAUCACCGGCGCAGCCUCCGGGAUGGGGCUGGCCACAGCAAAGCUCCUUGCAUGUCGAGGUGCAAUAAUCUCGCUCGCUGAUAUAAACGAAAUAGCCCUAGGCGAGGCUAUCCAGUCCCUUCCAGACAGCAAUAAACACAUGUCCACGGUUAUCGAUGUGCGCAGCAGUAAAUCAGUGGACGGAUGGAUCCAGUCCACUGUUGACAAAUUAGGAAAGCUGGACGGUGCUGUAAAUAUGGCCGGAGUGAUCACUCCUGCUGCUGCGAUCACAGAAGAGACCGAUGAGAAUUGGGAUUUCACAUUUUCCGUCAAUACGCGGGGGGUAUUUUUCUGCCUCAGAGCUCAGUUGAAAGCGAUGAAAUCAGGUGGUAGCAUUGUCUCCGCUGCAAGUGUGUUCGGUCAAAUGGGUGCCCCGGGUGUCUCGGCCUACUGCGCCAGCAAAGCAGCUGUUAUUGGAUUAACGCAGACGGCAGCAAAGGAGAAUCAGUAUAUUCGAGUAUGUGAAGCGCGGCUUGCAGAAGACGGCACAGAAACGGCAGGCACAACCGGUAGAGAUCGCAACUGUGGUUGCAUUUCUUCUUAG